AAUGCCUCACUUCACUGUUGAGUGUGCGCGAAAGACACAGGAGGACCCAAUUCUAUCCGCAGCACGGCUCCAAAAUUCAAUCACAGAUUCUCAUAGAUUGUUUCAUCAGAUCCAAACCCCUGCAGAUCUGAUCUGUUGCAGGAUUGUUUUGGUUUGAAUCUAUAUAUAUAGGAGUGUGUGUGUAUAUAUAUUUUCUGGGUUUUGUGGCUGGAAAAAUGGCAUCCAUGGCGCAGCUCCAUUACUCCCCUUUAUCUGGGCAUUAUCACUCUCUCACCAGAAAUCACCAUUUUUCCAGUCAAAGAUCUAGUUCUGAAGCCCUAUCUUUCCCAAAUUCUUCAUCGCCUUUCACGCCUCAAUACCCCUCUCUUUGCUCUCCCCAUGGAAAAAUUUCGGAUUUUAACUUGCUGGGAAAAUUCCAAAUUUCAUCUGUUGGUGGCGGUGAUGGGAUAGGACGGGGAAGCGGCGGCACUGGUGGCGGCGGUGGUGGUUGGAGUGCAGAUGGAUCCGAUGAUUCAUCAUCCGGGGGAGGUUUUGGACCCAUAGGGGCUUUUUUGAAUGGAUGGAGAGCAAGGGUUGCAGCGGAUCCACAGUUCCCUUUCAAGGUUCUAAUGGAGGAAAUAGUGGGUGUUAGCGCAUGUGUUCUUGGGGACAUGGCUUCUCGUCCUAAUUUUGGUCUCAAUGAGCUUGAUUUUGUUUUUUCAACUCUGGUUGUAGGGUCCAUCUUGAAUUUUGUUCUUAUGUAUCUAUUGGCACCCACCAUGUCUUCUUCCACCCCGAGACUCCCUUCCAUUUUCGCCAAUUGCCCCACAAGCCACAUGUUUGAACCGGGACCCUAUGGUUUACUGAAUCGGGUUGGGACUUUCGUGUAUAAAGGAACUCUGUUUGCUGCUGUUGGAUUUGCAGCUGGACUUGCUGGAACAGCUCUUUCAAAUGGGCUGAUUAUGAUGAGAAAGAAAAUGGAUCCGAAUUUUGAGACACCGAACAAGCCGCCUCCCACUAUUUUGAAUGCUACUACUUGGGCAAUGCACAUGGGUCUGAGCAGUAACUUGAGAUACCAAACGUUGAAUGGAAUCGAGUUUUUGCUUGCCAAGGGGCUUCCACCUGUAGUAUUUAAAACCUCAGUCGUCAUAUUGAGAAUGUUGAAUAAUGUUCUUGGAGGGAUGUCAUUUGUAAUCUUGGCAAGGUUAACAGGAGCUCAGAGCGUUGACGGUGGGAAAGCAGUUAUAGCUGAAGAAGGAUUAGCUGCAGAGAAGGAGAAGUUAGUAAACGAGAAUGAGGAUUCGCAGAGCAAUCUUUCUUCUUCGAAGUGAUUUGGUUCAUCUCAUUGGCUGUCUUUAAAUUUGUGUUUUUCUUUUCUCUUUUUUCUCUGAAUAAAUCGGACUUGGUGGUUAUUGUAUGCAAAAUGAUGACCUAACUUCAUGGCGUCCUAGUUGGUAAAUCCAGCAGGCAUGGACCUGCUGAUUUGUAAAGUGAUAUGCUACUGCUGAGGAGUCUGAGUCGUUAAUAAUUUUCCGGUUCUGUCCACAAUUAGCAGUGUGGUGGCUUCUAAUUAAAUUUGUAUGUCAACACACAUAAACUGGGCUGUUAAUUGAGAUUUGGUGAUUAACAGCCUUAAUCAUUGACGAGCAGACACUUAAAGAAGGUAGGGUGUCAUUUGGGUGAUUGGCUGGCUCCCCAUUGUUCACAUUGUCUGCUAGUUGUGAUGGUUAUGAGUUGAAUUUGCAAAUUUUAUUACAAGCAGUUAAUUUUGAAUCUUUUUUAUUCUCAA